GUGAACUUUCGGUGAAAGCAUUCUUACUUCUGUAACCUUCUCCCUGUUGUCUUAUCCACAUUCAAUAGAAAUUUGAUAGCCAAACAACUACUUCAGUGUUCUACUAAAGAUUUCAACUUCAAUUAUGUUGAAAGUAGAAGGAUUGUUACUUGCAGCGCUGGUGACCUUCUACCCGUGGAAGACUGUUACCUUAUCUGACUGUACCGACGCCUACAAUAUAACAGAUCCAGAGUACGUGGGGUGUUAUCAAAACUUCAGUCAGCCAAACACAGACCCUUUUUUGCCUGUUCAAAUACCUGGUGUACAUGUGGAUACCGCCAACGAUUGCAUCGCCUGUUGUGUGACAGAAAAUGUAAGGUAUAAUUUUGCGGGUAUCGAAGCCAAAAGUGAAGACGAAUUCCGUUGCACAUGCGGAAACAGAAAAGAAAACUUUUACGACGCACUUAUACCAUUUACAGACUGUACACCAUGUCCAGGAAACAAUAGCCAGUCAUGCGGAUUUCAAGGCGUCAGGGUAUCUGUAUACAGAGUUCCCCAGUACACUGACUAUUCUACAAAGCCAUACGGAACUUCGAAUUCAAGCUUGACGACACUUUCACUUGAAACACCUGAAUCAACUACAACUACUGCACAACCACCGAGCAGAACAACAGACAGAACGUCACGGCAGCCAACAACUUCCGAGUUCUGCAUCGUCAGUAGAAACAUCUGA